AAAAAUGGCUUCUCCCAGCGAGAACUGUCAUCGUAAGGUGAAUAGAAUGAAGAACGAGUUAUGAAAAAGGCUAUGAAUACGCCAGAACGCUGGUCCACUGCCUCUUCGGACAGUGAUCUGUCCUCGAUAUUCGGCUCAGAAGGAAGAUGGGAAGGAUUGAGAGCUAAAGACGUUCUUGACUUGUUACAGCAAAGAAUAGCAUUUUUCUACGGUGGUCGCGAUCGAAGAGGAGGACCUAUUAUAACAUUUCCGGCGCGUUCUAGGGCAGCAGAAAUCGAACCUUGUUCUUUGGCUCGAGUUCUCACAUACCUCGCCAGUUUACCGAGUGAUCAUGAAAGGGAACUUGGUUUCAGUCUUGUGCUGGACAUGCGAGGAUCCACAUGGCCUUCUGUUAAGCCUAUGCUAAAAGCUUUACAGGAGUGUUUUAUUGCUAAGAUUCAUACUGUUUACCUUCUGAAACCUGACGGAUUUUGGGAACGAAGCAGAGUGUCAUUUGGAAGUUCAAAAUUGUUAUUUGAGACUGCCCUCACAUCUCUGGAUGGUCUCACAAAAUUUAUCGACAUUGAUCAGCUAACUUUAGAUCUGGGAGGUACCUUUAAGUAUGAUCAUUCCAAGUGGAUCAACAUGCGAAUGGCACUGGAAAAAUUUCUGUAUGAGGCCUCAUCGUUAUUAGCCAAGUUAGAAGAAAUUCAAGAUGGCUUAGACAAGGAAGAUUUUUCUGAUACUCUUGAGGGUCUCAAAGAUCAAAUUAAGCACAAUCAACAUGUGAAAAAAUGGAUUAUCAAAGCACCUGUGGAAUUAUUGCAAGAGGAGGGGGAAAAAAUUCGCAAUACUAUAAAAAAUCCAAGCUAUGAAGAUUCUGAAGAUACUUUAACGGAUGAUGAUGUGAAGAAAGCAGAGCUACAGAUACAGGAAUUAGUGGAAGGCUUGCAUACCAAGAGGCAAAAGUUGAGGGAAUUAUGGAACUUGCGGAAGAUGAGACUGGAUCAGUGUUUCCAGUACCGUGUUUUCCAACAAGAUGCUGAGAAGAUGCUGGUAUGGAUAAGGGAGAAUCAUCAGGAGUUUUUACUGAAUUAUGCCGAAAUUGGAAAUGAUACAACCUCUGCUGAUGAACUUCAAGAAGAGCAUCGAAAUUUCCAAGGCAGUUGUAUGAGUGUUUACACCAAUAUCAGCCGUGUGCUAGAAGUAGCUGACCAACUGAGCGAGGCUGUACACUAUGAAUCAGACAGAAUUGAAGCUUUAGCACAGGCUGUUAGUCGCGAGUGGAAAUCAUUUGAUAUGAACAUAAAUCAGCGGAGUUGUUUGCUAGCAUGCUCAGUUGCAUAUCACAAACACAGUGAAGAGUUUCUUCACAAUGUGAAACUCUGGCAAGGAAAGCUUCAAAAUGAUGAAUACCUGGAUAUCAAGGAAGUUGCUGAAGUAGAAAACUUAUUAACAGAUCUAAAUGAUUUACGGCAAGAAAUUGAAGAUUCAUUUGAGACUGUUAGCUCAGACAGCAAGGCACUGCUAGCAGAACUCCAAAAAAAUCCUGUUCAUGUGGAUAAUCAGUUUCUGAAAAAUCCUCAGUUUUCUGAAGAAGCUGGAUCCCAUGUGAUGGACAUUUACCUGGAAGUUCACGAGCAGCACAGACAAUUAGGAAUGUUAUGGGAAAAGCACAAGGCAAGACUUAAAGAAUAUUUACACCUGUGUAUGUUUGAUCAGGACAGCUCCCAGGUUAUAAAAUGGAUUGAGGAGCACGGAGAGACAUUUCUGUCCAAACACACAGGUGUUGGCAAGUCGCUUGUUAAAGCAGAGGCACUGUUGAAGAGACACGAUGAGUUUGAAAGCAUUGCACAGAAUACCUACACAAAUGCAGCUAAACUACUCGAAGCCGCGCGCCAUUUGGCGAGUACAGGGGAGUGCAAUCCGGACGAAAUACAAAAGCGCGUUGACUACUUCGAACAGCGCGUCCAAGAGUUUAUCAGUCGGGUGAACAGACGGAAAACUUUGCUGAAAUUAGCUGUCAAUUUCUAUUCCCGGACACAAAAGCUCUCUGAACUGGUGGAGCAGCUAAAAGCGCAGCUAGAGCUCGAAGAGGUUUCCGACAAUCCGGACAACAUUGCUACUGUGUUAACGAACUUAAAACACCAGGGGGAAGCAACUUUGGAUUCGAUUCACACAGCCAUUGAUGAAGGAGAAACGAUCAUCGAGGAACUCAAGCUUGCCAGCUCUGAUGGUGUGGACUCGAGUUCGCUACAGCAUGUGGAGAAAGUUAUCAAAGAACUUGACAGAGUACGGAGAGCCAUUGAACAUUCAUGGACGCGAAGGAGACAACAAUUAGAGUGUUGGUUACAACUGCGGGAAUUCGAGAGAUCUGCAAAACUGCUGAAAGAUCGUCUGGAAAUUUGCGAGGAGCAUUUGGAAAAAGGAAGUGUCGCCCUGGAUUUACCUCGAGCAAAACAGUCGCUCGCCCAUCUUGAGGAGCAAAUGAAAGACAUUGAAAAUGCCGCCAUGAGAACGUUUUGUCGCGGCGAGGAACUUAUAGAUUAUUUAAAACAAUCCGAGAUAGAACUGCGCGUGAAGGAUCCGUUAACGUUAGAGAACAUAGACGCUCAAUCGCACAUUCAUAAUUUACUAGAAGUUUUACAUCGCAAAAGGAGAGAUCUACGGGAUCUGGCAGAGGAGAGAAAGAUAAAACUGGAACAGAAUUUGCUCUUACGCCAAUUAGAGAGUGAUGCAAAACAGGUUGUCGGCUGGGUACGGAAUGGCGAGGCUAUGCUUUACGCCAGUACCGAACUUGGGACAUCACUCGUUGAGGCAGAGGCUCUUUUAAGAGAACACGAGGAAUUUCAGAGAGCCAUUGAGAAAACAUGUCAAAGUGCCACUGAAGUUCGGCAACGCGCCGACAAAUUAAUUAAAGAUGGUCACUUUGAUCCUGAGGCCAUCCGGAACUGCGCGGGAAGUAUGAGUAGACGAUGGGAACUGCUCAUGAACAAGUCGGAGGAAAGAAGGAAAGUUGUCACGGCCUCGUACAGCUUCUUCAAGUCUGCAGAUCAGGUGUCCGUUUCAAUGGACCGCCUCAUUCGUGAUUACAAACUAGAAGAGGGAGAUCCAUGUAGUAAACUGAUCGAAACUGAUUCGAUGAAACGCCUGGAAGCUAUGAAAGCCAUCGUCCAAAGCUAUGACGAAGACAAGGAAUCCAUCGCCACAGGCCUGCUGGACGUGAAGCGGAACGCUGACUCAUUUUUGUCUACGAUCGCUCCUUUAACUAGUGAGCGUCCCGACAUUACUAUUGAGCGAGUUAAGGAAUCACAAGAACAACUCAAAGCGCAGGAACAACAAGUGUUAGAAGUUUGGAACGUUAGACGGACGUUGGCAGAUUACUGUUUGCAGUUUCUUGAGCUGGAACAGUGCGCUAAAGAGGCACUGGAUUGGAUUCAUGAAAAUGGCGAGUUUUAUUUGUCGAGUCGGACGGGAGAAGGUGACUCAGACGCUCAAACAAAAGAGCUUUUAGAUGAACACCAAGAGUUCAAGGAGGCUUCAGAGCAAAUCAGAGAGAGAGUCAAAUCCAUGUUACACCAAGCGGAAACACUGAUAGCCAAAUCCUGUUACCAUAGUGACGGAAUCAGGCAAUGGGCCACGGCAGUUGAGAAAAGAUACAAAGACUUUGCUCGACGGAUGCAAAAAUAUCGUGCAAAACUCGAGAACAAGCUGGGAUAUACUGCUUCGGAACACGAGGAUGAUGUGGAAUGGCCGAGCCUGCAGUCGCUACACACACAGGGCCAACAACAACAGCAAGCGUUUGCUUUAAGGGAGACUUCUAAGGACAGCGGUAUCCAUGAAAUGACUGAGGAAAAGAGACGCUCUGCGAAGCGAAAAGAAUUUAUAAUGAACGAAUUGCUCCAAACGGAAAGAACGUAUGUGGCGGAUUUGAAGUGCGUAAUUGAGAGCUACAUUAGCGCCAUGUCUAACAGCUCUGAAGUUCCACCUGGUCUUGCGGGAAAAGAAAGCAUAAUUUUUGGCAACAUCGAGGACAUUUACAAUUUUCAUAACAGCACUUUUCUGCAAGCUCUAGAGAAGUUUGAAACGAAUCCUGAGAACGUUGGAGAUGCGUUUCAGGAAUGGGGAGAAUCGUUUGUUGGCAUGUAUGUGGCCUAUUGCAAGAACAAGCCUUUCUCAAACUCCCUUCUCAUCGAGCACGGAGGGAGCUUUUUUGCGGAUCUACAAGCCAGCUAUGGGCAUGGUUUAUCCAUCUCUGCAUAUCUUAUAAAACCUGUUCAAAGAAUAACCAAAUACCAGCUACUUUUAAAGGAUCUUCUGACGUGCUGUGAAGAGGGAUCCGAGUGUAGUCUCCAGGCGGGUUUGGAUGUGAUGCUAAGCGUACCGAGACGAGCUAACGACGCCAUGUACGUGAACAUGCUGCACGGAUACGAUGAAAACAUUGAUUCUUUAGGAAAAGUUGUGUUACAGGACUCUUUCACUGUCUUUGAUCCAAAGCAGCUAAGAAGAAAGGGAAAAGAACGCCAUAUAUUCCUCUUCGAGCAAGCGUUACUUUUCAGUAAGGAGACCAAAGAUGCAGAUGGAAAAAUCAAGUAUCUUUACAAAAACAAAAUGAAGACCCCCGAGUUAGGAAUAACAGAGCACAUUGCAGAGGAUUCUUGUAAAUUCGCUGUGUGGACGGGAAAACCUCCACAGUCUGAGGAUAAACGCGUCAUGAAAGCAAGAUCUUUGGAAUGCAAGCAACUGUGGGUGAAAGAACUGAGGGAAGUCAUUCAGAAUUUCCAGUUUGGUACCCUUAGAGAGAGAACGACCUCCAUGACGAGCUCGACCAGUUCUGUGACAACUACUGCCUCGAUGAAGAGCCGCGAGGAGAAAGCUGCUGACCGGGAAAGUGGUGUUAUAGAAGACGAUACCAUCUCGGGCGACUUCGACAACUUCCCAGAAGGAAAGGUGUUGGAAUACAACGAUAAUGUGUGGUCGGUCACCGAAAAUUAUAAGGCAGGAAAUGAUGAAGAGAUCUCACUGAAAAAAGGUCAGCUCGUCGAAGUCCUUGUUAAACCACAUGGAAGCUCCCGCUGGCGAGUUCGCUUGCUGUUGAGCGAAGGAAUUCAUCCCUCCGAAGGAUGGGUUCCACAUAACGCGUUAAAGCGUUCAGACGAGCGAGAUACGAGGAAGAAACGGCAUUCGGACAUCUCCCAUUCGAGCAGCGAAGAUUCUGUCUCUUUGUCUUCGUCUGACAGUCCUACCACUUCUUGGUACCAGGGCCAACCCACCAAUAAUAAUGGCAGCUCGCCCCCAGUCCGCCGACGAUCCAAAUCGGGCCCUCAGCUUUCUCUUAGAAAACGCUCGUGGAGUAAAAUUAAAAUGAGCAAUAAACCAACCACUGACCAGUCUCCAGGAACACCCACACGGAUGCCAAAGGGGGUCUCAGGGGGUGGGUCUAAGAAGCUUCAACAACUCCUGGGGGCCAGUGAGAGUGACAUCGAUCUGCUAGUGAGACCCGCUGAGAUUGUAUCUACGCAUACACAUAGGAGCAUUCCGGAGGAGCUGAGUGAUUCGCACAAUGGCGUUAAUCCUGAAGGAACAGCAUAUCUGCCUGUUCAGCCUUCCACAAGCGAAGGAGAACUAAAACUUCAUCUUAGCGAUGACGAGGAAGACGAUGAUGACGUAGAAGAUGACUUUGAGAAUGAGUACGACAAAACACCGGAAGAGGACGGUGCUGAAGCGGAAGAAGAAGAAGAAGAGCCACAACUUCCCGUGGAGCACGAUGAUCCACAAGAGGAAGAAGACGAAGACCAAGAACAAAUCGGAGGAGAGGAGACCGAGGAACAAGAGGUCGAUAUUGCGCCAUCUACGCCAACCCAAGAUCAUGAAGACCCUGAAGCUGUGGCGCUCAAGAAAAGAACAUUUGUGUUAAAGGAACUGAUUCAAACAGAAAAAGAUUAUGUCAAAAGUCUCGGAGAAGUUGUAGAGGGUUUCAUUGUUGAACUUGCAAAGCCAGAGACGCCUGAAGAACUGAAGGGAAAAACGAGGGUGUUAUUUGGCAACAUACAACAAAUCUACGAGUGGCACAAGAACAAAUUCUUAAAAGAACUAGAGAAAUGUGAGGAUGCACCUGAGAAGCUAGCCUCUUGCUUUUUAACGUCUGAACGUUACCUCAAAUUUUACAUCUUUUACUGCCAAAAUAAACCCAAGUCCAUGAAUCUUGUCCACGAAUUCCGUGAUACAUAUUUUGCGGAAGUCACCGAGCGUCUCGGCUAUCGACUUGGCAUUGAGGAUUACCUGAUUAAACCGGUUCAACGAAUCAUGAAGUACCAGCUCCUCCUCAAAGACUUUGUCAAAUAUACAGGCAAGGCGGGACUGGACACUACAGAACUCAAGAAAGCUCUGGACAUGAUGUACGUUGUUCCUAAGAAAGCCAAUGAUAUGAUGAACGUUGGAAUGCUUGAGGGUUACACGGGCAAGAUAGCAGCGCAAGGAACUUUGAUUAUGCAGGACACACUGAUGGUGUCUGAUCCAGAGACUCGUAAACCAUGCAAGCGGCAAGUGUUUUUGUUUGAGCAGCUCAUGAUCUUCAGUGAACCUUUUGAGAGGAAGCUGGAUUGGACAGUGUACAUAUACAGACACAGCAUUAAGGUGAAUCACAUGAAUUAUAUGGAAGGGGUGGGUGAUGAUCAGUUGUCGUUCGCCAUUUGGACCGGUUCAGACCCUGACGCGGAAAUCUUUACCAUGACCGCGAGCUCAGCCGAGAAGAAGAAGGACUGGUUACAAGCACUACAAAAGAUGCGGGAAUCUCAACGAGCGUUUGCUAUGGAAUCGCCUGAAGCGGGGCAAUUUUUAAACCAAGGACACAGAGCGUUAGAAAGACCAAUCGAAUAUCAGAAACAACAAGCCAACGGCCUUCCUCCCGCAUUGACUCCUGGGUCCCCCGUUACGACUCAGGGUCAGGUGACCCCAUCAAGCAGCACGACUCUACCGCUGACCACCUCUGCCACUCGCGGGCACAGCCUAAGCCUUCCUAACACUGGCUCACUAAAGAAAGCGUCACAGAUACCAGUCCCCUCUAGUCAAACCAGUCGUCUUAAGCACAUGAAUCUCAUCGCUCUGGAAACUGCUCAAUCUCUGGAGGACCUGACGUCGCCUUUCUCGAAUACUUCGCGUACUAAAGAACGUUUCGUGGUACUGGAGGAUUUCAAGUCCAAAGACAAAGAUCAUCUUUCUGUGAAGAAAGGAGAAGUUGUGUACUUGGUGUCCAACAAGAAACACGACAAGAACUGGCGAUAUGUUUGUAAUUUCACCGAGGACAAACUCGGACUUGUGCCCGCCAAGAUCUUGAGAAAAGAAGCCAACAACAAUCUCGAAGAUUCAGAAACUCCGAUGUCUCCCAAGAAAACGGCCGGAACAUUUUCAAGGAAAAAGGUUUCAAGGCAUGAGAGUUUUACAAUGGCUAAAAAGAGUAAAGAGAAGAUUCUUCCGUCUAUUACACGUCAUCGGAGCUUUAAUACGAGUGACAACAAAGAUAGACGGACACAAAAGAAACAGAAAGACUCCUAUCUGAAUGCCUUCUCCAACAAGAUAAAACAAAAUAUCGAUAAAUACCGAACCGAAUUGAGUACAGAAAAUGCAAAUGAUAGCGAAGACAUUCCUGUCGCCUCAUCGAAUCAAAAAGGAAACUCCGAAAUCACUUUCAUCGAAGUUCUUCGUGACGUCACUGUUAAAAGCGGCCACCAUUUACGGCUUCAGUGCAAAUUAUCAUCGCUCCCCACCCACCCCCUCACGGUGACCUGGACUAAGAACCAGCAUGCCAUAGAAAAUUACGACAAUAUCAGGCUAGUUAAAGACGGAGUCACAUAUGCGUUGGACAUCACGCAAACGGAGACUGCUGAUACAGGUCACUACAGGUGUUCUGUCACGUGCGGGUCACGCCGCAUCACUUGCUCCGCUAACGUUGCCGUGUUAGGUGUUCCUGAACCUCCUUCGAAACCUUGCGUCAGAGAAAUGACCUCAUCAUCGCUCGUGUUGCACUGGGAACCACCUAAGUUGGACGGGGGUAAAGAAAUCACCGCGUACACUGUGGAGUAUAAGGAGACUGGGGUGAGUGUGUGGCAGGCGGCGGUGCCAUUUGUGGCGGGAAACAGCACGCUAAUUGAUGAUCUUACGCCGGGCGCCACGUACCAGUUCCGAGUCAGUGCUAAUAACGAGAUUGGUAUCAGUCGACCCAGUCCUAUCUCGGAUUCUAUAACACUGGACGUCGAAAGCGACGAUGAAAAAAAGAAAAAAAACAAGAGGAAAGUGCGCUCCAACUCGCGAAGUGAUCCUAUUGUUUGGAAAAAAGAUAUCGAAGAUUAUUAUAACAUUUACGCCGAGCUUGGAAGGGGCCGUUUUUCUGUUGUCAAGAAGAGCGUAGAAAAAGUAACAGGGCAGGAAUACGCCGCUAAACUGGUCAAGAAACGAAUGGUCGGAAAAGAGGAAGUAGAAGACGAGAUUUAUCUCCUUCGAAGACUCAAACAUCCUAAUUUGAGUGGAUUUAUCGACGCUUUCGAUACAACGAAGAACUUUGUAGUAAUUGUUGAACUUCUUGCCGGUGGUCGGUUGUUCGAUCAUCUGGUCGUUAUGGACAAUUUAACGGAGAAAGUUGCCAUAGGUCAUGUGAGGGAAAUACUCGAAGGAGUUCAGCAUCUUCGAGAUCUUUCUAUCGUGCACCUCGACCUAAAGCCGCAAAACCUUCUCCUGGAUGGUGGGCCGUUACCAAAAGUGAAAAUAAUCGAUUUUGGUUGUGCAACGGAGAUUUCCGACUCAGAAUCUGUAGUUAAACAAGUGUUUGGAAAUCCUGAGUGUGCUGCUCCAGAAUUAGUGAACAGACAACCUGUAGACUUCACAACAGAUACAUGGAGUAUAGGAGUUAUUACAUACAUCAUAUUGAGCGGAGUUUCACCGUUUCAUGGGGAAUCAGUGGAAGAAACUUGUCGAAACAUCACAGAAGCUAAAUACGAAUUCAAUCCGAAGCAUUUUGAACCAAUUUCACAGCAAGGAAAGGAUUUCAUCUCCUCGUUACUUGUUAAAAAUCCGAAAAAAAGAGCCGACUGUCAAAAUUGUCUAAAUUCUCAAUGGAUUAAGAUGAUUAGUCCCAGGCCCCCUAGUCCAGUUAGACAAGUUAAACUCAACAUAUCACGGUUAGCGGCCUUCAACGCGAGGAGAAGAAAUCAGCACGACCUUACGCCAUUACCAAUGAAUAAGAACGUCAAGAACACCACGACUGUAUAGCAUUAAGUUUCAAGAAUUUUACUUACGGAUAGAAAGUUAGCCCUCUGUUUCGUCACUUUUGUAAAAAACUAUUCAUGUAAUGAGGAAAUUGUGCACAUUUUCAAGUUGUACAGCUGUAAUAUAUUUUGAGCGGUCUUGUAUGUAAAAGAAUAGGUUAUUUUUGUAUGAAAAUUUAUGAAACCUUUUCAAAACAAUAUGUAAAUUGUAGAUUCGCAUCCAGUCGACCAGUGAGAGGUCGCUGGGACUAGAAAUGUUUAAAAGAGAAGAGAAAUUUAUUGCUUUUUUUUAGUUAUCUGCAGAAUGCUGGAGGUUCCCACCAUUUUCCUAAAUAGCUUUUUAAGGGAAAUAAUUUUUGUUUUCGUGGACAACCAAUUCUUUGCGAACGUUUUAGUUCGCUUUGCUAGUUCGAUUUGCUUGUUUGAUUUCGUGCGACGGUUGUCGUUCAGUUGCAGCGGCGUCGCUUCUGAUGGAUCGGUGCGUUGUGUAACAUUGAAUAUUGUGUAUUGGACGGUUGAGUAUGUAAAGAUGUCGUGGAUUUAUUUUCUGUUAUUCAACGCAAGUCCAAAGAUGCAAGUUUGUUUUCAGUGGUUUUUUAGUUUUUGUAGUACUUCUCUUUUCCCCUCUGUCAGUUUCCUUCACAAACCAAAUAAAAAGAAGCAUUCGUUGGAUUAUUUUUGCGCUAAAUUCCCCUUUAUUACCAGCAAAGAUACUAUUUUCCAGCAUUUGCCAAAUUGCUGGCUUAUUUAUUAACUUAAUGACGAAGUUAAUGACAGAAAUUAUGCAUAGCAUUCAGAAAUUGUUUGAGAAAUAAAACGUGAAGAAUUUA